CACCGUAUUUGCGAGUCCAUCUGAUUUAGAUCAAGAGGACUUUCCAAUGGAGAACCUCCCCUCACCUGCUCCUGUGUCUGCUCCAUUCCCUGAGGAGCCUCGGGUUGCGGCCCUCCCCUCACCUGCUCCUGUGUCUGCUCCAGUCCCUGAGGAGCCUCGGGUUGCGGCCCUCCCCUCACCUGAUCCUGUGUCUGCUCCAUUCCCUGAGGAGCCUCGGGUUGCGGCCCUCCCCUCACCUGCUCCUGUGUCUGCUCCAGUCCCUGAGGAGCCUCGGGUUGCGGCCCUCCUCUCACCUGAUCCUGUGUCUGCUCCAGUCCCUGAGGAGCCUCGGGUUGCGGCCCUCCACUCACCUGCUCCUGUGUCUGCUCCAGUCCCUGAGAAGCCUUGGGUUGCGGCCCUCCCCUCACCUGCUCCUGUGUCUGCUCCAGUCCCUGUGGAGCCUCGGGUUGCGGCCCUCCACUCACCUGCUCCUGUGUCUGCUCCAGUCCCUGAGGAGCCUUGGGUUGCGGCCCUCCCCUCACCCACUCCUGUGUCUGCUCCAGUCCCUGUGGAGCCUCGGGUUGCGGCCCUCCCCUCACCUGCUCCUGUGUCUGCUCCAGUCCCUGAGGAGCCUUGGGUUGCGGCCCUCCCCUCACCAAUGUCUGCCCAGGUACAGGUACAUUUUAAUCAGAGCCAUAAACACAAGUAUUGCCAAUUUUAUUGUAAAAAAAAGUUUUAUAUUCAUGUUUUAAAUUACUGUUUGUUUUAUUUACAGCAAAAUAAUGAAGAUGUUUUUGAGGAUAUGGAAGUUGAUUACAACUCUAUACCUCAAUCUUCACCUCCUCACGAUUUGCCUGUCCGGCAGGCGGCUCCACUCCUGCCUUCCCCUAGGAAGCGCAGAGCUGCCCCUACACAGCUUCAAUUAGGGGAAGAGCGGGAUGUGGAGGUUAGGCCGAAGAGGGCCAGACUGGCAGGAUGCAGGAGUGAAAAUCAAUGUUCACCUCCUCAUGCUCCGCCUGUCGGGCAGGUAAUUUUCUUGCGACCUCCACCCCUGCGCGUCUCGAGGAAGCACUCUGCUCCUUUCUCGCAGGGAGUGGAGGUUAGCCCCAAGAAAGCCAGACUGGCAGGAUGCGAGAGUGAGAAUCAUCUGCAUGCCCAGCAGGCACCUCCUCCGGCACCUCCUCCUGCAGAUGGGUCAGUUCAAAUAUUUUGGAAAAGACGAAGUGUACAAAAGCACAUUUAAUUCCCAUCACAAGAGACAACAGGACACAUCAAAUAAAACUUGUUUUAAUCAAA